UGGUACCCGACCCGGAGCCGGGUAUCUCCCAGUUUGUCGGAACAUACAAAAUCCAACCUCAACGAUUAACUGCCAAAUCAAUUAUCAGCUCUCUCUCUCUCUCAGUUGACCAACUCAGGAGCCUAUCAAUCGAUCAAUCAUCUCCCCAAACUCAACAUUUCUUCCCUCCCAAAAAUCCCUCUGGCCUCUCUCCAUCUCUAGAUCCUCUGCUCUCUCUCCUUCAUUCAUUUGAAGGAGAGAACCAACCUCCUCAUCUCCACCCGCCCAAACUAUAAAUCUUUCCCCCAAAAACUUCCCAAAUUUCUCAACUUUCCUUCUCCAAAUUGAGACCCAAUUUGUAGGAGGUACAAAAAAACAGAAGCCCAAAUCACUGUUAUCCGACAUGGACGAACUUCUCGGCCGAAAUAACCGACCGCCGAGCAUUAAGGCGAGAAGCGCGAUUUACGUCUGGGGUUACAACCAGUCUGGCCAGACUGGUCGCAACGGCCGUGACCGCCAGCUCCGAAUCCCCAAGCAGCUCUCCCCCGACCUCUUCGGCUCUAACUCCCGCUGGCUCGACAUCGCCUGCGGCCGCGAGCACACCGCCGCUGUUGACUCCGAUGGCUACCUCUUCACUUGGGGGGCGAAUGAGUUUGGUCAAUUGGGAGAUGGCACUGAGGAGAGGAGUAAGCAUCCGAGGAAAGUGAAGCAUCUGGAGACGGAGUUUGUCAAGUCUGUGUCGUGUGGUGCACAUUGUACAGCUGCCAUUGCGGAACCUCGAGACAACGAUGGGACGGUUUCGACUAGUAGGCUUUGGAUUUGGGGACAGAAUCAGGGUUCAAAUCUGCCGCGUUUGUUUUGGGGUGCAUUUGCUCCGACCACGGCUAUCCGUCAAGUAUCUUGUGGAGCAGCUCAUGUGAUGGCUUUAUCAGAGGAUGGUCUGCUACAAGCUUGGGGAUACAAUGAAUUUGGCCAGCUUGGCAGGGGCGUUACAUGUGAAGGAUUACAAGGGGCUCGUGUAAUAAAUGUUUAUGCAAAGUUCCUUGAUGAAGCCCCUGAGCUUGUGAAGAUUACCCAAGUGUCAUGCGGGGAGUACCACACAGCAGCUCUAUCUGAAGAUGGCGAGGUGUAUACUUGGGGGUUGGGAAGCAUGGGGCAACUUGGUCAUUGUUCCCUACAAUCUGCUGAUAAAGAGUUAUUGCCAAGGAGAGUGGUGGCACUUGAUGGAAUCUUCAUGAAGGAUGUGGCAUGUGGUGGUGUGCAUACAUGUGCCGUGACUCAGAAGGGAGCUCUUUAUGCUUGGGGUGGCAGUCGAGCAGGACAAUUAGGCCUCGGCCCUGAAAAUGGAUUUUUUUCAUGUAAUCCUAAUGAGUCUGCAAGCUUUUUCCGUAACAUCCCUGCUUUGGUUAUUCCGCUUGGUGUGCAGCUCAUUGCAUGUGGACAUUCCCAUACACUAAUUUCUACAAGGGAAGGAAGAAUUCAUGGAUGGGGCUACAAUAGCUAUGGUCAGGCAUCUAAUGAAAAAUCUACAUAUGCUUGGUAUCCAUCUCCAGUUGAUUGGUGUGUUGGGGAAGUUCGAAAACUUGCAGCUGGUGGGGGACAUUCAGCUGUUAUGACUGAUGCAUGUUCUUUGAAGGAAUUGUGCGAAUUUAGGCUUGCAGAUAGCGUGACUCCAACCAAUGCUUCCAUUAUUGAGGACAUUGCGUCUAGAACAGAUUCAGAUAAUUUAGUACGCCUUUGUGAAAGAUUGAGGCAGCACAUGCUUGAUGGUGGCGACUACGAAUGUGAAUAUGAUGAGCCAAAUGGCUAGUUAUAGAAAUUGAGGAGUAAUUAGAUGGAACUCAUGAGAUGGUUGUACUACAUCACUUGAUUUAUAAUCUAGUUAGAGAUUUAAGUAAUAAAAGCUGUUAAGUGGCAGGCUCUUGAGAACUUGUAUGUACUGUAUGUAUUUACGUCAAAACGUCGGAUUGAGAUGUUAGACUAGUUUCUGUAAUUUACUCAGUAGCUGUAUAAAAUUGAACUUGAAAUAUUUAUUACACGAUCAGCUACUCAGCUAGACUGAACCUGAAACCUUUGGUUCU